AUGCAUUCAGGUCCAAAAGAAUUUCCAACUUUAAAUUCUAAGGAAAAAGAUAAUUUGGUCGAUGAACUAACACAGUACGGAUUAGCCAACGGGCUGAUCAUGUAUCCUGAAGGAUUCAAGAGCUUUGAAGCCGAUUUGGCCCCAGUGACUAUUUUUCCCACGCCGUUUCCACGUUCUGAGUUUGAAAAGGCAAAGGCAUUAGCAAAUCCGUUUUCGACGCUCUAUGGCAAUAUCGUUUCAGAGAAAAAGUGGCUCUUAAACAUUGCAGAGGAGCUGAGCAAAUCUGAUCCAGGUUUUACAGGAAAGCUUUAUGAAUGCUAUAAAAAGGCAAAAAAUGAAGGCAUUGCUCAAAAUGUCUCCCUUGCGUUGACCAGGUCAGACUAUAUGUUUGACACCAUUACUAAGGAAAUUAAGCAGGUGGAAUAUAAUACGGUCAGCGUUUCCUUUGCUGGUUUGUCAAACAAAGUUGGUCGAGCACACAAAUAUUUAAAUGAUUCUGGCUUGUAUAAAUAUGGAAAGAGAUAUUACCAUGAGGCAGAGCUUGCUAUUAGUGAAUCUCCAGAUGGCUUGGCCGAAGGCCUUGGUGAGGCUGCGAGAUAUUAUAAUAAUCACUUUGCUGAUUCUAAAAAUACUAUUGUGCUAUUUGUCAUUCAGCCCAGUGAAAGAAAUGCAUUUGACCAAAGAUUGAUUGAAUAUAGUUUACUUAGGAAAUUUGAUGUUAGAUCCAAGAGGGUUGAACUUGCCAAAUUUACUACCAGAACAAAGGUUGAUAAAGAAUCCAGAAGACUUUAUUUGGACAAUGAUGAGGUUUCAGUUGUUUAUUACCGUUCAGGUUAUAGUCCAUCCGAGUACAAUAAUGAAGCUGCUUGGGAUGCCAGAGUUUUAGCGGAAACAACAACGGCAAUAAAAUGUCCAUCAUUACUUGUUCAGUUAAGUGGUGCAAAGAAAAUACAACAGCUUCUCACAAACCCCCAGAUUCUGGAUCAAUUUUAUCCUCCGUCUUCUUCUUACAGAAAGGAACUUGAAUCAACGUUCUGUAAAAUUUAUCCGUUAGAUGGCUCUGACAAGGCUCAAAAUGCAAGGAAACUUGCAUUUGAGCAUCCAGAAAACUAUGUUCUCAAACCGCAGCGUGAAGGGGGUGGCAACAAUAUAUACAAAGAGGAUAUUCCAGGCUUCUUAAAUUCAAUUCCAGAAAGCCAGUGGGCUGGAUACAUAUUGAUGGAGCUUAUUCAUCCACCGUUGGAAAAAAAUGUCCUUCUUCGUAAUGGCAAACUUUUUAGCGAUGGUAUAGUGUCGGAAUUAGGGAUAUAUAAUUCCUUGCUCUUUGACGAAAAUACUGGCAUGGCCAUAAAGAAUACUUAUGGUGGGCAUUUACUUAGAUCGAAGAUCAGUACCAGCAACGAAGGUGGCGUCGCAGCUGGCUAUGGGUGCGUUGAUAGUUUAUAUCUAUACUAA